GCCGAAUUGACGGAGUGUGGGCACUGUUUCUGUUUAAACUGUAUGUUUGAGCUAUCAUCAAUCGAAAAAGCAGAGAAGACCACGUUUUGUGGAAUCGGAUUUUGGAAGCCUUGCCGAACAGUAAUUCAAUUGGAAACUCUCAACAAACAAAUUAAGAACAUUAGGGAAAACCCAUCGUUUUACAUUAAAGAAAAGCCUCAAAGAAGACGGUGCAGUCAAUAUUCAUGUGGGAAGGAGGCUGUCAUUGAGUUUCGUAACUGCAGUCAUUGCAUGUGUGAGGACUGUGUUUCUGUGAAGGUAUCAAGUGGAGAAACAAUGAUUUGUGGAGGUUGGUUUUAUUGUAACAAUGAAAUUCCUACCGAGUUUGUGAUGGACUACCUGCAUAACAUUGGAAAUGUCGAGAACAGGACUCCAACUGGAUAUACUAGAGAUGUAUGUGACAACCCAAACUGUCCAGCAGAAAGCUUACUGAAGCGAGACAUUCGUCAAAGGUUUUCCUGUGAACACAAGUUAUGCAUUGUUUGUGUUUCGGCGCAGCGAACAAGUGGGGACGAUGAGAUCAUAUGCAAAGUUCCAACCUGUGCAUCUUCAAAAAUAAGACAGACCGACUCAGAAAUAGCUGGAAUACCAAACAUUGGCCUCACCUGUUACGCUAGCUGUGUGCUGCAAGUACUCGCCCAGACUCCGAGAUUCAAUGAUAGCUUGCGCACAUACUCUCCGGACAGUGACAAGGAUGACGUGGAAACAAUGUUGAAAGAACUUCUUAAAAGUGUCAAUGAUGUAUCAGGAAGGGAAUUUUAUGUCAACUGGAAUUUGAUGCAACGGCUUAUGCGAAAAAUAUUCCAAAUUGACCGAUCAUUUCGCCAGUACCAGGAGAACGAUUGCCAUUCAUUCAUUAUGGCCUUAUUCAACGCAUUAAUGAAAACAGAACAAGAUCACAAGAAACAGAAAGAUGUAGGAAACUCAUUUCUUGACGGACCAGACCCAGAUGACGACAGUGGUACAGGGAAAGGGACAGAAAAUAUUACCAAUGAUGGCAGACCAAAAGCGGAAGCUGAUAUAGGAAACACCACAGGAAAAAGUACCUGUCCUACCGCACUCUUUGAAAGUCGUCUUACAAGUCAAUUUAAAUACAGCAGUUGUACCGACACGGAAAAUGUUGAUGAUCAACUGUUUUAUAGUCUCCUGUUACCAGCUGUUGUUGAAGUGAAAUCCAUUGCUGAAGGACUGGACUUGUAUUUCAAAAGUGAAGAAUUUCCAGACAAUAUGUUACCAUGUAGGAAAUGCAAAACCCAGAACGACAGAACGACCACAACUCGAACUCUUCUAGUGUCUAAAGCUCCAGACAUGUUGAUGAUACAGCUGGCACGUUUUCGCGAGGUGACAUACUUUGAUGAUCAUUACAAGGAAUUGGAAAAGACGGAUCAUCAAGUGAAGUUUGAAGAAACAUUGACAAUCAAGAAAGCUUACACAAUGGACAAGAAAGAGUUGGAGUACGAGCUAUAUGGAGUCGUUUUACAUAGUGGCAAUAUGCAUGGUGGUCACUACACCUCGUGUGUGAGGAACCUGAAAAGCAAGAAAUGGUAUUCCUGUAGCGACUCAAGCGUCCGUGAGAUGCCGGAGAAAUCAUUGUUACAACCAAGGGCCUUCAGUAACGCAUACCUGCUCUUUUAUAGCAAGAAAAAGUAAAUAUAUUAGCUUCAAACUUUGAAAUCAAGCAAUUCCUUCUGACUAAACUAAAUUAAAAGCACAAAGAGGAGAAAUAAAAUUCGUUCACAAAUGAAAGAUACAUCUGCAAACAAUGUUGAGUAAUAACUGAUGGUAGCAAAAUUGACACGAUUUCUAUUUCAACAAAGAAUGAUUUGGAGAUCUGUUUGUUGAUACCAGUGAUUUCUUAAACUCAGUUGAAGGUUGUUUGUAUACCAAGCGUUAUUGUAUCCAGUGUGAGGUAUAACUUCAUUAUAUUAUAUUAUUGCCGUUUCGUUCAUAUGUACAAAUAUUUUUAAUUUCAUUGACGUCAUGCAGUUUGGAUUUUUUUUUAAAAUCUUUUAAGGUGGGUUUUUUUCAUCGUUAAUUUAUAGCAAAGGUCAAAUUGAGCUUCUAUGAGAUUGCAGACUUUGAUAUUUGAAAUAUGAAAUUCACUGUCCCAUUUUGUAUAUUCAUCCAAAUUAUAUUUAUUUAACCGUUCACUCAUUACCCAUUUAAUUGCUUAAGUUCAGCAUACACACCGAUUUGAAAAUAAUCUAUGUACAUAAAGAUGGUGUAUUUUGUAGAUUUGCCUCCAAAUCCAUAUAUGAAAACUCUUUUCAAUUCCGGUGAUUCGAAAGCGCUAUUUAGCUAUUUGAAAAACAUCGAUCUAUUCUAUAGACUUUGAAAAUAUAUUUAUGUACAUGAAGAUGAUUAUUUUGUAUGUUUUACUUCAAAUUCACCAGUUUUGGUUAGAGGUACAUAUAUCAUGAAAUGAUAGCCAUCAUAAUUUACCAGCGAUCACGUGAUAUCCGGGAUCUGUCACUUAGGUCUUAAUCUAAAAAAAGAAACGUUCCGAAAGCAGACGAAAGAAUAGAGCGGAUAACUUUUUCAUUUCUGUGUUUAUAACUACAUCAGCACGAGUCGUAAAUUGACAGAAAAAACGCAAAUCCCAAAUCGUUUUAGCCAUGAUGUUGAAUCAAUCAUUUUUCAAGGUCAAAGAUGAGGAUGUACCAAUCCAAGCAUGUCUGCAACUGAUAUAUUUGUAUAUAAUAGAAAUGUUAAGCAUAUAUUGUUUACAUAUUUAAACAACAAUAAUACAAUGUAUUUGCCUUUCUUUUUUUCAAAUAACAAUUCAUCUAAAUAUUAAUGCAUUCAUACUAAUAUACCAGUUUGUAUGAAACAUAUCAUACAAGGAAUUUUGUCGUAAAAAUCUAUGCACAAUGGAGAUUUAAACAAUGCCUUAUGUGAUAGAAUUUUAGGACAAAUAUUCAUACUUAUCGACCAACAUUGAUAUUGAUGUUAGCUCGAUAAUAUCAUUUUACUUAUCGUUUUGAUAUUUCGCCUUUAGGCCCUGGCGUUUUAAAUUGCUUACAAAUCAAUGUUUUAUAGUAUUCAAUUAAAACUUAGAUUCUACUUAAGAUUUUAUUGGACAUUUUCAUAUAAUAUGCUUGGAAAUUGCGACAUCCAUCGAGAAAGUGUUAACAUGUAAUAAACAGGCAACUUAUCGUGCAAAACAAUGAUUUGAUAUUGACAUGAUGUGUAAGAAAAUAUGUCUUAUUGCAUUUUAUUACGCCUGAACACAAUCUGUAAUAGGAAGGAGUAAUUAUACCCCCGCAUCGAAGUUAGGGGGGUAUACUGGAAUCAGGUUGUCUGUCCGUCCG